AUGCCCCAUUUCAGCGCUCUAUCGUCCUGGCCUCGAGCUGACCAGACCUUUGAAACAGGCCCGUCAUCUCACAUUGCAUUCUUCCGCAACAUCCUCAAAUCUCUCAAUGCAACAUUAGACCCGAGCCAAACGGACAGCCACAUCGAAGGCCACCUAGGAUGUAUCAAACCCGAAUUCUUUCCACCGUCCUCGAUGUUCUGCAACGAGACUAGAGUCUGUUCUGAACUAUCGAAAGAACUAGACUCAUCAAGCGAAGGUGACGUACAUAUCUUACCAAAAUGGCCGAGCAUAGUCUUACUCUUGAGACAAUUCUUUCGUGGCUACGGCUGGAUCACUCCAUUCAUGGACGAAGAGUCCUUUGUUCAGACCCGCAUCAAAAAGAUUUAUGAGGGCUCGCAGGAUCCAAAAGCUUCUCUUCUGGCCCUGUUAAAUAUCACGCUUGCAAUAGGUGCCAUAACGAGCAUCGAGACAGUGGAUCCUGUGGGGCGAAGAGUAUGGCUAGCCAAGAAGUUCUACCGGCGUGCUAGGGACUUGUGUACGCAGGCAGCAGGUCAACCUGUGGAACUCGAACUUGUUCAGACGUUGCUAUUAAUGACCCAAUACCUACAAAUCACCGAAAACUGUGCCAACUCCUGGGCCACACAUGGACUCGCCGUUCAGGCCGCUUUCCGAAUGGGCCUACACACUGUGAAAUCCCUGUCUGGUCUCGAUCUUCCAGAGCAGGAGUGCCGCAAACGAACAUGGUAUACAUGUGUCAUUCUCGACAGGAUGCUUAGCAUGGAGUUUGGCCGGCCAACUCUAGUUCCUAGAAUGGAGGAGCCAAUCAGUUUCUGGACUAACGACAAGCGCUGUGAGAUUUCUUCUCCUGGAGUACCCUCUGACGGCACUAGAGACACCACGUGUUUCCGUUUCUUCGUCCAUUUCAGUGAGCUCUACGAGAUUCUCUACGAUGUGCUGAAUGCUUUGUAUUGGCAGGAGUACCCCCAAAAUAGAUCUCAAGUGUUCAAGAUCAUGUCUAGGAUUGCUGACCACGAGCAAGCACUUGACAGCUGGCGGGCUAACAUCCCAGCUCCUUUCCGCAUCGAUGGCGCCGACAAAAUUGAAAACACAUCCUGCGACACAGACAUCUCGAUCAACCUAGUGAAAAUGCUAAGCCUCCACUAUCAAAAGAUACGCAGUCUCAUUCAUCAACCCAUUUUGCUGUAUUUCCUAUGGCGUCAAGCCCAGGCGCAGGACUUGAUGCAAACAGAAGAGAUAGAGGAUCUCACCAUAUUAUGCCAGCCCAGUCUGCAAAUAUCGGCUGUCACAUAUACUGCGAUGACAUCACUCGCUAGCUCGCUCAACCAUGAUAAAAUCGUCCCUGGAAUGUGGUGGACGUCAUCCGGAUAUGGCAAGUCAUUCUUCAACGCUGUCUUGGCUUGCUUUGCCCACCUGGUACUACAAGUGCAAGAUCGAAAAGGGCAACUGCAGCAUCCGAUAUCAACGCCAGAACUGAAAGGCUGCAUCAGUCUGGCCACCCAAGCGCUGUCCAAGCUUGCUUUCGGGCAUCCGGCAGUUCCACGUGUGACGGAGCUCUUACGACGAAUCCUGGAAGUCUCUGACUGUCUUACUCAAAGGGAUUGGGCCAACAGCCAGGCGAUUUAUGGUAUGGCGUCUUUUGAUAUUGGCGCUAACUGGUCUGAGUUAGACAAUGUUGUUGGUUCAGCCUACGAAAUUUUCAACACGGUCGACCCGCAUGUCCAGAGCGCGUGA